AUGUGUACCACCUGUUCAAAAAAUAUUCAUUCUCAGAAAAUCCAUAAAAAUCAUACUGUUGUGUCUACUAAUCAGAAGCGUUUUCCGAACACAUGUUCAGAUCAUCCAGAUGAAAAAAUAAAACUUUGGUGUACGAUAUGUGAAAAUCAUAUUUGUCGAGAUUGUCUUUUAUUUAAACACAAGGAUCAUACGUAUACUAGUUUACAAGAUAUUGUGCAAGAAACAAAGUCAAAAAUCCAAUCAUCACUACAACCUAUCAGAGAAAAUCUCGAGAAAGCUGCAGUGACAGCUGAUGGUAUUAUAGAACAACAGCAUCAGCAUUACACGACAGUUAAAUUAGAUAUCGAUGAAGCAUUUAAAAAGUUACAAUCGUUUUUAGAAAUAAGAAAAUCCAAAUUAAUACAGCAACUGGACAGUUUUCGAGCAGAAGAGACAUCAAUAUUAGAAAAAUAUCAAGCAGAUAUGAAUGAACAAUUGAAGACAAUAAAGGCAAGAGAGGUUCUGGUGCAACAAAUGUUCGAUAACAAUGACAGCAUUCAGAUCAUGAAAAUGAAAAAAACUUUACUAGAUUAUGAUCAACAAAUUAAUCAACAAUGUCGACGACUUGAACAAGGAUGCACUUUCGCGAAAGCUAGUUUCAAUGUGAGUACAGAUAUGCAACAAAAGAUUGCUGAAUACGGUGUUAUCAAGAGUGAGAAUGUUGUAUUAGCUCCAGAUGGUGCAGAAGCAAAGAAGAACAACAUGUUUUUAGAUCUAUCAAGACCGUUAUGUGAGUAUUCAACUUGUCAGUAUGAGACAUCUUACGGUCGUGGUUAUGUAUUCCAAUUGAAAAAUCCAUUAAAAAUUCGAUCUGUACAAUUAGAAGCAUCAAUACAUGGACAAGUCGUUAUUUACGUAGUAAAUAAUUCUGGUGUCGUUGUCAACAAAACAUCUCUUAUUUCAAAUGAUAUAACUAUGAAAUGGACAACGAUUCCAAUCAUCGUCGAAUUAAACACCGGCUAUUCUAUUUUAGUUUGGUCACCAAAUAAAAAUGGGCGAUUUUCAUACAAAAGCGGCGAUAAUAAUUUUCGUACUAUUAAUUCAGAAUGUUCGAUUGAAAGUAAAUGCGCAGCUAUAAAUCAUGACUUGUCGAUCGGAGAACAGCUGACGAUCAAUCGAAACACCUAUUCCAUUCAAAUGAUGAUUGAUAUUGAAAAAUAA